AUGAAGGCGACGGCGCUCGUCGCACUCCUUGCACUUGGGGCAGAGGGGGUUUCGCUGGAAGAUGCACUUCCUCAUGUGAGAAAGCUGCCCCGGGUGCCGGAGGUGUUCAAUCCUGGACCCGAUGGGAUGCCACAGCUGCCGGAUGUGGACAAGUUGAUGACUGAAUUCCAGGAUGUGAAGCAUACCCUGAACUCGCAGGCAAGCAGCUUCGCCGCACAUCUGUCGCAGGUGGAGCAUGCCAGCCUGGAUCGCAUCGCCAAGACCAAGGCUGCUUUUGAUGCACGUCUUCGAGCCCAAGAGAAUGUCAACCAGGCAGUUGCCAAAGACAACGCCCACCUUGCCACAGAGAUCGUCCUGGCACGGCAAAACAGAGAAGAACUGAAAAAGAAGGUGAAGCAGGAGGACCAGCUGAUCUCUUUCCGGCGGACUGAACUGAAAGCUCUGGAGCAGCAGCUCGCUAAGGGCGAGAAGUUUUUGCACAGGUCUCUGGACGCCAACGAUCCCACAAAGGAUGUUUCGUUCCUUCACUUGGACAAGGUGCCCUCACGUGGCUCCCGAAUCGAGGAGCCGUCGACUCCAGCAAAAGACCAGGAGGAAAGCGAAGGGUGCCAGGGGCUCCCUGCGCUCGAGCCGUCCCUGAACAUAACCACCUCGCUGUCGAAGGAGAAGACGGCAAGCACUGAAGAGGAGGAGAGGAUCAUUGGUGACCUCACGAGCGAGCUGCGACAGUUGCACAAAGCUGAGAUGCAGAGCGAAUCAAAGCUGAACGAGCUUUUCCACGCAAGCUUCCAGGCCGGAAAGCAGCGCCAUGCAGCCCUCCUUGCGCAGCAGUCGCUGCUGAAGAACGAGCUGGAUCAGACCACUGCCCAAAUCAGCAAGCUGCAAGAGGCCUUCGAUCACCUGAAGGCCAAGUUGAAUGCUUUGGAGGGCGACCUUCACCAGGAAGGCCUCUUCUUUGCCGACCUGGAGAAGGUUGCGAUGGCUUCGACGCCGGACGUGCCAGCACUGUUGAAGGCGGUGACGAACGAGCUUCCCGACAAGUGA